CAAAAAGUGGGGAUAAAGCUAAAUAAAUAUCAGUCCAUCUAACUCAUUCUUUCAACACAUUUCAUUGUGAUCUGCUGCCAAGACGAAAUAGUCAUAUAAAAAUAUCAUGUUAACCAAACAAAUAUUAAAAUAAAAAAUUCGAAUAAAAUGGAUUUAAAUGCACAAUGCAGACUACGUCGAGAAGAAUAUCGAAUAAUAGUUGAACGUUUACACGAGGCUCCAGAUCACAAUCAAAUCAAUUCUACAAUUAUUUCUUUACGCAGAGAUAUUGCAAAUUAUAACAGAUCAUGUGCAAGUCUGUCAGGUGCUCAUAAAAAAUGCACACAAGCAACAGUGGCAAUACUGACAACUUAUUUAUUAAGAUUACAACGUUUGCAAGUACAAGGUGCAGGUGUAUCUUCAACAGUUGAUAUAUCAAACGCUUCUACUGAAAAAUACAUUGAAUGGCAAGACUUAGAAAAUGUAUUCAGAAACAGGAUGAAGACAAGUAUUAUAAUUAAUUUAAAACAUAAAGAUGUAAAAGACUUUCUUUCUGAUGCUAAAGAAAUGUUAAUUAAUCAGUUAGGUCUUAUUUUACAAGAUAAAAAUGCACUCAAAGUCAAUACUGUAUUAGCUUUAAACUAUGAAAUCGAAAAACCUUCAGAUAAUAGUGUAGAAGUUGAAACAAAAUAUUUCAGUGAAGGCAGUUUUGAGGUUUUACAAUCAUCAGAUCUGAGCCAACUAUUCAAAGAAAAUUUUGAACAUUUUAUAGAAGAUGUUGAGGAAGCUGAAUUAAAUGGAUCUGGUUGGAAACUGCAGGAAAUCCUCCAUCUUGAAAUCCAAAUAAAUGAUUACAUACCACUGCAAGGUGGUAAUUCAUCUUUCGUUGAAAUGCCACCAUGGAUACUGAAAACUCACUCAGUUGUAAACGUCAAAAAUUCUGAUAAUUUUUGUUUCGUAUGGUCAGUUUUAGCAUGUUUAUAUAAAGCGUCUUACCAUAGUGAGCGUGUGAGUCAUUAUACAAAACAUGUUGAUGAAUUAAAUUGCGAUGGAAUAACUUUCCCGAUAACAUGGGAAAAAAUCAAGGUUUUCGAAAAACAAAAUAAGUUAAAAAUUAAUAUUUAUGGUAUAGAUGAUGAUGAUGAUUAUGAUGAUGACGAUGACAGUGAUGAUGAUGAUGAUAAUGAUGAUGAGAAAAAAAAUAAAAAACAUAGAAAAGAAAGGGUUGUACCAUAUUAUAUAAGCAAAAAUGAAUCAGAUAAGGAAACGAUUCAUCUUUUAAUGGUUGAGAGAGAAGUAGAAGUGGAAGACGAUUAUGAUGAUGAUGAUGAUAUUGUUGUUGUUAAUAAUUUCAAUUCACGAAAAAAUUUGGCACAAUAUCAUUUUGCAUGGAUCAAAAACUUAUCGAGAUUAGUGAGCUCACAAAUUUCUAAACAUAAUGGGAAGAAAAUAAUUUGUGAUCGUUGCUUAUGUCAUUUUCAAUCGCAAAAAUCACGGGAUAAUCAUGAAAAACUUUGCAGUGAAAAAUGUAAAAGUGCAAUGAGAUUACCGACUGCAAAAAAUAAUAUUUUACAAUUUAAAAGUUAUAAACAUCAAUUAACGGUACCGUUUAUAAUUUAUGGUGAUUUAGAAUGUUUAUUGAAAAAAGUGCAGAGUGAAGAACUUGAAAAAAAUCAAAUUUAUCAAAAACAUGUUCCAAGUAGUGCAGCAUAUUAUUUAAAGUGUAGUUAUGAUGACUCACUUUCCAAGUUCAAUCUUCAUAGAGGUAAAAAUUCAAUUGAAUGGUUUAUUACAGAGCUUGAACAAAUUGCUCAUCAAGUCAAUAAAAUAAUAGAUAAUAGCAAACCAAUGUCUCUCACACGAGAUGAAGAAUUACAAUUUUUAAAUGCUAAAAAAUGUCAUAUUUGUGAUAAAAAUUUUAUGAAAAAUGAGGUAAGAGUAAGAGAUCAUUCUCAUUGGACCUCAGAAUACCGAGGUGCCGCCCAUCAAAUAUGCAAUAUUAAUUAUCAAGAAUCAUGUAUCAUUCCUGUUGUAUUUCACAAUCUCACAGGCUAUGAUGCACAUUUCAUCAUCAAAAAACUUAAAAACCAGUUCCGAGGUAAAAUUGAUAUACUUGGAAUCAACAAAGAAAGGUAUAUUUCAUUCACAAAAUCUGUCAAAGGUACCCGCAUAAAAUUCAGAUUCAUCGACUCAUAUAGAUUUAUGGCUAGUUCCAUAGAUUCAUUAUCAAAUAAUCUAGAUAAUAAUAAAAAAUCAAUAACGAAAAGUCUCUGUAAAAAUGAUGAUGAAUUCAAUUUAAUUACAAAGAAGGGAGUAUUUCCAUAUGAUUAUCUUGAUGAAUGGGAAAAAUUUGAUGAUACAACACUUCCAUCGAAAGAUCAAUUUUAUUCAAAAUUGAAUGAAGAAAAUAUUUCAGAUGAAGCAUAUGCACAUGCUCUAAAUGUUUGGCAAAAGUUCAAUAUAAAAACACUUGGGGAAUAUUCUGAUUUAUAUUUACAAACUGAUGUUGCCCUUUUAGCUGAUGUUUUUGAAAGCUUCAGAGCUGAUUGUUUAAAUACAUAUAAGUUAGAUCCAGCACAUUAUUAUUCUGGACUUAGUUUUAGUGCAAUGUUGAGAUAUACUCAGAUUGAACUAGAAUUGUUGACAGAUCCUGAAAUGAUGUUGUUCAUUGAGCAAGGUAUAAGAGGUGGUUUAUCACAAGUCUCAAAUCGAUAUGGAAAAGCAAAUAAUCGAUAUAUGGGCAGUGAAUAUAAUCCAGAGGAAGAAGAGUCAUUUUUAAUGUACUUUGAUUUAAAUAAUAUGUAUGGAGCAGCAAUGAGAGAAUAUCUUCCAACUUGUAAAUUUGAAUGGAUUAAUAAUUUUGAUAUUUCAAUAUUAAAUUCAACUGCUGAUAACUCAAAAUAUGGAUACAUUCUUGAAGUUGAUUUAGAUUAUCCUGCAAGUUUGCAUCAUCAUCAUAAAGAUUUUCCUUUAGCACCAGUACGCGAAAAACCACCUCUAGAAACCAGUAAAACUCCAAAACUACUGGCAACUCUAGAUAAUAAAAAAAAUUAUGUUAUCCAUUACCGGAAUUUAAAACAAUAUUGUUCGUUGGGGAUGAUUAUUACUAAAGUUCAUCGUGUUUUAAAAUUUGAACAAAGUGCAUGGCUUCAAUCUUAUAUUGAUCUUAAUACAGAGUUACGAAAGAAAGCACGUAGUGCAUUUGAAAAAGAUCUUAGAAAAUUAUUCAUUAAUGCAAUUUAUGGUAAAACUCUAGAGUCUGUAAGAACUCGUAAAUCCAUAAAACUUGUAGAAAAAUAUGGUGGUAGAGGUGGAGCAAGAUUUUAUAUCUCAAAGCCAAACUUUCACAGUCAUUUAAUCAUUGACGAUCGUGUAAUAAUUGAGAUGAAACCAACAAGUAUACUUUUCAAUAAACCAAUUUAUCUUGGAUUUUCUAUUUUGGAAAUGUCAAAAACAUAUAUGUAUGAUUUCCAUUAUAAUUUCAUAAAACCAAAAUAUGAAGAUAAAGUCAAGUAUUUAUAUGGUGAUACUGAUUCUGCUGUUUACCACAUAUUUAGUCAUAAUCCAUAUGAUUUAAUACGUAAUAAUCCUGAUAAAUUUGAUACAUCUGAUUAUCCAGAAAAUAAUCAAUAUGGAAUUCAAUUAAAAAAUAAAAAAGUUAUUGGUAUUAUGAAAGAUGAGAAUAAUGGAAAAAUAAUGAAAGAAUUUAUUGGUUUACGAAGUAAAUUAUACUCUUAUGUUAUAGCAGAUGAAAAUAAUUCAUUAAAAAAACGUGUUCAUAUGAGAGCAAAGGGCGUCAAAAGAUCAACUGUAAGACAAAUAACUUUCGAUGAUUAUAAAAAUUGUUUAAUUAAUCAUGUUAUUUUAAAAAAGCAACAAAAUAUUAUAAGAUCACAUAAACAUGAAGUAACAACAAGAACAAUUGAAAAAAUUGCUCUCAGUUGGCAAGAUGAUAAACGACAGUUAACUAAUGGUGAAACUGACACUCUGCCUUGGGGAUAUAUACCUGUUGAACGAAUGUGUUUGAGUAAAAGUAUAUUUAAAAGAAAAUAUGAAUGAUGUAAAUAAAAGUUGUAUAAAUGUAUAUAAUAAAAAUUAUUGUUAGAAAAUAAA